UUGAAGGAAAAGUUACGCACGACAGCAGUGCUGACCCAGCCGGACAUCGAGGAUGCCUUAAUUGGUACAGAUCCUUUUCAAAUUAAUACGGAUGCAUGCUCCGCAGGUCUAGGCGCAGUGCUUACGCAAAAAAAUGCUAAUGAUCAUCAGCAUCCUAUACAUUAUGUGUCAAAGGUCUGUUCCAAAGCUGAAAGCAAGUACCAUGUUACAGAUCUUGAGGCGCUGGCCAUAGUUCUGGCUUUAUGA